UAUUACCGCGAUUCCCGAUCGCGACAGAGUCCUCGAGUUUAUUUUAGAUGAUAAUUAUUGUUUUUAAAUAUUUAUCAGAGUUUUACACUGUUGUCAUUUUUAAACAGAUAGUCAGUUACUAAUAUUAUUGUUGUUGUUUUAUUUUUGUAAUAAAAAUGUGAUAAAAAUAUAACGAGAGUGGAAUAAUUGGCAAUAAUUUUAUUUAUCAAUGAGACGACAGGAAUUAUUUAGAUUGAGAUUUUCUGGUCCAUGGCUCAGAGCGAGGUAUCAAAGUAUGCCUGAGUUCAGGCCCAUGGAGGCGAAUAAUUCAGAAGCAGAGCGAAGAUUUGAAAACUUGGAGAAUAUUUAUCUGCCGAUGAGAAAUUCUAUUCCCGAGCCGGCGACAACGGCACGAGAUGAGUUCGGUUUAUUGGAAGGCUACGAUAAAAAAUUCAUCUGCGGAAUGUGUCAGCGAGCGUACAGUACCUUGCAAGCUCUGCAGUUCCACCAGAGAAUCGAGUGUAAUCGCGAGCCAAAAUAUAAGUGUGUCUAUUGUUCGUACAAAACCGUCAGGCAGACUAAUUUAAAAAGACACAUGAGCACGCAUCUGAGCACGCAUAUGAGCACACAUCAGUAAUCAACAUUACAGAUUUUAUUGAAAAUUAUUUUACUUGUCUUUGUACUUCUUAUUAAAAUUCAUUGAAACUUAUGGCAAUAAAUUUUUAUUGACGUUUGCUAUUUUGAUGACGAAAGAAAUAAAAAAAGUUGAUAAUAAAAACAAAUAAAUGAAUUUCGUUUUGUAAAUUAAUGAGGGAGCCGUGAGACGUUCUGGAGGUUUUCAGGAAAGCAUGUAGUGAUUUUAAAAACGACCUGUAUUUUCUUAAAAAACUUGUCUCUGUGUGUCGACUAUUCUAAGAUGAGUUGCUGUGUGUUGUUACUUUGGUUUGCACGAAACUCUGGACGACUGAGGAUCCAAUGCUCGGAUGUCUGGUGGUGGGCGAUGGAGUCGAGAUCGAAAAUAUAUUUAACUACCCAGUGGGUUGUUGCUGUUGUUAUUAUUUUUGUUUCAUCUAAAAAUUUU